AUGUCUUACUCAAGCUAUAGUUCUGGUGCUACAACUUGGCAAGAUAAGCUCGAAGAAACGGCCAAUUGGCUAAUAUUCGAAUCAGGGGGCCGCACAGCAUGGUCUAGCACGGUCACUGUCCAAGGACAACAUAUCUCCGCUCGAUAUUGGUAUGAUGGACAAUAUGUACACAAUGCGAAGGAGGAUGCUGCGGAGGUUGCCUUGAAGCAUCUGAACGGAUCGACUCCAAGCUCCCCUUCGCAGAGUCGAGCGGGAUGGUAA